AUGCCCGGCCUUGCAUCAGAUCCCGGUGAUGAUAUGUCUCUCAUCCCAUUCCCAUCCGAGACCCCGAAUCUUGUAAUCUACCCUCUCCACCACGGCCUCAAACCCCCGAUAUCUCCUCGCCUCUCAAUUUCAUGGUCACGUGGCAACACCCUUCGGGUGUCAGUCUUCCGGCUAUCGGGGUCUGAAGUCGUGGCCGAAGGUGGAGAUUCGGAUUGUGAAGUUGGCGGGAAAGUGGUGGAGGUGAAGCUCGGCACUGGAGAUGGUGAGAUUAAUGAAGUGCAGUGGCGGAAGAUCGCUUACGGUUCGGUCUCUCCGUUUGCAAUGCUUCAAUCUCGGAAGAAUUCCAUGUCGGCUCUGUCAAAAAUGUCGAUGGAUUCGUCUCCCUAUAGUUCUGAGUGGAUGUGCAUUGUUGAAGUAUUGGAGGUAGCUAAUGCAAAAAUUGGACUUCAUAGCUGUGUCAAGCUUUCCCUUUACAUAUUGGUGAUUAAUGUCAAAGCUGUUGUUACUAGUCAGCUAGUUCAAAGAAAGUAUGAAGAACUUGAUGAGUGUUCUAUGAUUAAAAAGGAUUUGGAAGUCAAAGAUCCUAGUAGGAGGGCUAGAAUUUAUGCGUUCUAUGUUCAAAAGGAUUUGAAAAUCAAAGUGUCUAAUGUUUUAGAAAGAACAGUCACACUUUCUGAAACAAUCAGGUGGGAAUAUGUGAUGGAGUAUAGCAAGGAGAUAAGUUCUCUUCUUUGUAAUCCAAAAUUGCCUCCCACAUCAGUGAUUGAAGACCCAAAGACAGUUUUAGAGAAAUUUGAGGUGCCAACCUGUUUGAAAGCUGCAUGGGAGCUGAUGGAAAUAUUUUAUACGGACAAGCAGGCUCAAGCUUGGCUUCCUGAACGGCUUAUUGACUGGUUAGCUGAUUAUGAUAGUCUGUUUUCUGGAACAUUGCCAACAGUCCAUUCGAAACUCGUGGACUUUCAAAACAAACUCCUGACUUUGCAGGCAGUUGAAGAUGAUCCUAAAUACUGGGAAGCAAUAACUUCAGCACUGGCAGUUGGAUGGCUGGAGAUUGUGGUGAAGCUGUUGCGCUUACAUGGAUCUUAUCAGUUUGAUCAACUGGGGAAUCGUGAGGUUAGUAAGAAUCCAUUAGUUGUGCAUUAA